AUUGACUCCCAACACAAAUAUCUCUCUCCCUUUUCCCUGUCAACAUACUUGUUUGAGUUGUGGCAGUUGACAGGAAAGCGGAAGUAGCUAACUAGCAGGGUAGCCGCACGUUAGCUACUUUAACGAGUUGUCAACGGAUUUUACCUUGUUUACCAACCUUACAACACCACAGGAACUUUUCAGACAAUGCCACAGAAUAUCGAGCUCGGAGCAACGGGGGGAACCUCCAAAAAGGACAGCAGCAAAAUGGAAGACAUGACCGUGGAGGAGAUGUCCAUGAGGGCCAACCAAGUGACUGAUGAGUCACUGGAGAGCACGCGCAGGAUGCUGCAGAUGGCGGAGGAGAGCAAACAGACCGGCAUCAACACCAUCGUGAUGUUGAACCAGCAAGGAGAGCAGCUGAGGAAUGUGGACAAGGGCAUGGACCAAAUCAACCAGGACAUGAGGCAGGCGGAGAGAAACCUGACCGACCUCUCCAAGUGCUGCGGGAUCUGUGUGUGUCCCUGUGACAGGGUGUCGUCCAUCGAGAACGACUCAAAGUACAAGCACACAUGGGGUCUUAGAGGAGCCGACAACGACUCCGACGGAUCAAAAGUCGUCUCGAGUCAGCCCUCGGCCGUCCGCAACGGGCAGGCUGGCCAGAACAACGCCUCGGCGCUCUCAGACCCCUACAUCAAGAGGAUAACCAAUGAUGCACGUGAGGACGAGAUGGAGGAGAAUCACGCGGUCGGCAGCAUCCUUGGCAACCUGAAGAACAUGGCUACGGACAUGGGCAACGAGAUAGACAAGCAGAACAAACACAUCGACAACAUCAACGAAAAGGCGGACAUGAACAGGCAUCGUAUCGAGGAAGCGAACCAGAGAGCCAACAAGCUCAUCAAGUAGACGAGGAGCGCUUCUUCCAGUUUAUACUAUCAACCUCCAGCCUCUGUCGCCACACCCAUACACGCAUUGCACACUCACGCACAUGCACAAAAAAAAAAAGGAAUUCCGUCGGGUAGAAUAUCUUUGCCAGCUGUGACAUUUCUGCAGUUUCUAAAUCAGCCACCACCAACAUAAUCUUUGACACAUUUAUUUAUAGUCAUGCUGGACUUUGAGAGGCAUGAGGGCAUCAGACGCCACCCAGAGAGGAAGUGACUGCCUGCCUAUCACUGCUGCUCAUAUCAUAUCUCACAGAAAGGGAAGUAGCACAGGUCCGCUGCUUCUCUUUCUUCUUCGCCCUUUUUCUUAAAGUUAAGAACUGUCUCUCUCUCUGUCGAUGUGUGUGUUUGUGUGUGUGUGGAUGAGUUCCUGGAUAAAUGCUCAUACUCCGUCUUUAAUAUACAGCCCGUGUCACCCUAAUGAUCCCCAUCUGGUUUAAUCAUAAACGUACUCAAAAUCUCAUUGGUUAAGUGUGUAAUAGAGUGUAAUGUAUCAUGUGUAAUAGAUUCGAGAUGAUCUGCUUAUUUAAUUAUUCUUCAUGGAGCAGAAAUGACUUGUGAAUAAAGCUGUUGUUUUGUAAACACUUUGUUCUCAUGUCAUUUUAAGCCGUUUCAGACGUAAAAGCUAUUUAAAAAAUAUAUUAAAUGUUGUGCUUUUGAGAGAGUCAUGGCAAAUCCUUUCACGCUGGAUUCCAAAGCACCUGCCCCCGAAUGAAAGCAGUUUUUAAAUGUUUCUGACUGGUGGGAAGGUCGUUGUCACUUUUUGUGAGAAAGUUGUGAGGCGGUGAACUGGAGUUAGAAAUGUAAUAUAUACUAGUAAUUACUUUUCCUUCAAAUGUGAAGGAGGGUCAGUAAGCAUCACGGGAAAUAUUCAUCAGGAACUCUUCCUAAGCAUCUAGUUUAUUUUAUAAUAAACUAAAUAUGUGACUCAUGACAGUGAUCAGUGGAUGGACUGCUGUUCUUCAUAUUUAGUGUCUCCUGCGGUUUCUCCCUCUGAUGUAAAUACUGAAACAUAUUGUAGCUGUUUAUAUUAAUUUCCUACAGUCAUUCUCUUAAUCUAAUUUCAUUUUUCUUUCCUCCCUUCCUCCUGGCUAAUGGAGAUUUAUAGCACCCAGGAGGAGAUUUAACUUCCUAUGCAGGGUUCCUAAACAGGUCUGGAAAAUGAAUAUCCUCAGGUAUCAUAAUUGAACAGUUUGUAAAAGUAAGAAAAUAAACGUCCAGUUCUAAAACACACGGCUAUGCAUCUUUAGAUCGGCUAUUACUUCUCAUAUAAGCUCACAAGGCUGUCAUUUGCAGGGGUGUUAUCAUAAUAAAAACCUUAAAUGUAAGACAUUUUAUUUGGGAAAUAUAACUGCAGGAACCUGUUGAUGCCUUUACAGGUGAUCCACGGUUGUGUUGUAACAGCCGCUGUAUCACAAACAGCUACUCUUGCAUCUGUUAUGUAAAUAGCCAGUUUUUCUCAGCACAACUGCGGUGAAAUGAUAAUCUUAUGAUGGAAAGCAUAAUUUAGUUUUGUCAAAUCCGUAGCCAGGCUGAGAAAUUACCGCUGGCAGCAAGAUGCAAAGGUAUACAUUUUAAAUGAACGAUGUUUAGGGGGGGGGGGACGUAGAAGCAGAAUAAGUCCUGACGGGCUCUGUUAAGGCCUCACUGUGAGAAAUUGGCUAAAGAUAAAGUAAUACUCGACAGUGCAAAUAUCUCUCGGGGUGCAUCUUCUGGCUUAUUUGUUUUGAAGCGAAAUGAUAAUUUAUAUGCUCUGCUGCGGGCAUACACCUAUCAAGUGUGUGAGGAGGAAGAUGGACUUAUUCAGGGCUUUGUGUUGCUGUAAGUGUUCGGCCUGUAACUUGUCAGCUGAGAUCUAAUUAGAGCAGCCCGAAGCGGACUCGCUGUCUCCAGGCUGUUUAUUCAUUGUUUUACCAACAGCCACUGGAAUGUAAAUCCUCCGUUUUGUCCAUUUCUGAAUAUGUUCACAUGCAGCUCGUCUUAUCUGAAAUUAGCUUGGUUAACAGAUAAAAAAUGCCUCUUGUUUCACACCUGCCUUGUUUGUAUUCAAUAAAUGUAUUCUGAAAUUCA